AUGGCCAGUCAUCGUCCAGCUGUUCUUACCGAUCAACCUUACACAGAUCCCAACCCUCUGCCAUCUUCCGUGCCUCAUGUUGACGAGUUAGGUGUGACAUCCGCCCCAUUGAAGAGUGCUUCGUUCUUUAUAGGUCAGCACUGCAAGGAAGUCAACGAGGACUUCAUGCUUUGCAAGCAAGAAAACCGAGAUCCGGCUCAUUGUUUAUCGGAGGGAAGAAAAGUAACGAGGUGUGCGGCUGAUGUUAUUGGCAAAAUAAAAGAAUCGUGUCUUGCCGAGUUUGACGCUCAUUGGCAAUGUUUGGAGAAGAACAAUCAGUACUUCCAAGCAUGCCGAAAGCCUGAGAAAGCGCUCAACCAAUGUGUAUUUACGAAAUUAAACCUCACCAAAAAAAUCCCCGGAUCACCAGAAGGUCAACCACAGAUUCACGAGAAAUCAUCACCCAUCUUCACUCGAGUGCAAAAAUAG